UUUAACUGUUGUUUUAAAAUUAAAUGACUAGAAGUCACAUAUCACAGGCUAGACUUGGUAAAUGAAAACACUAUUCUACUCAGAAGUAAAUCUAGGAAUAAGCCUUGCUCAGCUCGGCAAGGCUCACUUUGGAGUACACAUUUCACAGGACUAUAUUAUAAGGCUACAUUCCUGAGCACAUACAUUUCUAAGCCUCCUGAAACUUUUUUGGUCAGUAAAUUUAAUUGGGACUUGAUUCAGAGUACAUUUUCACACGCUACGGUACAGUCUAAGGCAGGCACCCCCAGACUUCGGCCCUCCAGAUGAUUUGGACUACAAUUCCCAUCUUCCCCAACCACUGGUCCUGCUAGCUAGGGAUCAUGGGAGUUGUAGGCCAAAAAUCUGGAGGGCUGUAGUUUGGGGAUGUCUGGUCUAAGGGAACAUACAAGAGGCCAGCAUUGUAUGAAUCCUUGGGAUACAUUAUGUAAUGAGUUUACACGUUUAUCUACCGCCUUUGGAAGUUUGAUGCUGAAUUUCUCUUUGCUGUGUGACAUUUUCCACUAGUCAUAUACAGGAGCAGACCUGGUGGAUCAGGACCAAUUUCCCAUCUAGUCUAGGAUUCUUUUCUCGUAGUGCUCAGCCAGAUGCCUGUGGAAAUUCUGUAAGCAGGAUUUGAGUGCCCUUGUAGACUCUUUCCCAUUAGUGAUUCCAAAAAUAUGAUAUACAGAUGCACACUACCUACAACAUUGACAUAGAUCAUAGCCAUCAUAGCUAGUAGCCAUUUGAAGCUUUAACUUCAUGAAUUUGUCUAAUUCUCUUUUAGAGUCAUCCAAGUUAAUGGCCAUUACCACAUAUCAUGGGGUGAAUUCUGUAGUUUAUGCACGGGAUGAAGAAGCACUUUAUUUCAUCUGUCCUAAAUCUUGCAGCAUUCAGCUACAUUGAAUAAAAAUAAAUGAAUAAAUAAAACAAACAAAACUGGGCGGCUCCCAACAGAAUAUUAUUAAUAAAAAGCAACAUCAAACAUAAAAACUUCCCUAAACAGGGCUGCCUUCAGAUAUCUUCUAAAAGUCAGAUAGUUGUUUAUUUCCUUGACAUUUCAUGGGAGGGCGUUCUGUUACCGAGAAGGCCCUCUGCCUGGUUCCCUGUAACCUCACAUCUCUCAGGGAGGGAACUGCCAGAAGGCCCUCGGAGCUGGACCUCAGUGUCCGGGCUGAACGAUGGGGGUGGAGAUGUUCCUUCAGGUAUACUGAGCCAAGGCCUAUUAUGAGAGAAGGGCUGAACAGGACGUUAAGAGAACUGUGUGCAAAAUAAAUACAGCACUUUUUUAUUUUAAGUUUUUCACAUAGCAACUCUCACUUGAGGAGGCGAGCUCCUUUUUAGUUUAGAAGCAGCUUGUAUUUUCUCCUGGAUAUGUUACAGAGAAACCUAAAAUAAUGCUUUGGUUCCUUGUUCUUUCUUGACUUUUUUUUUGGGGGGGAGGCAAUAUUAUUUGUGUAUUAAUGAAUUGUAUGGAGAGCUUACUAUAAAAGGUGAAAUAUCAAAAUAAUAAAGAGCCACGUCUUCUGCUGCUAGUCUCAACAAAUGUAAAUACUGUAAUGAGACAAUACUAAAUGCUUGUAGCAGGACGUUGUCACCAGCUCUGCUCCUGGACCUGUUCUGGAGUGAAGAAUGCUUUCAGGGAGGGCAAGGACAGCCUGCCAGGCACCCCCAAACUGCGGCCCUCCAGAUGUUUUGGCCUACAACUCCCAUGAUCCCUAGCUAACAGGACCAGUGGUCAGGGAAGAUGGGAAUUGUAGUCCAAAACAUCUGGAGGGCCGAAGUUUGGGGAUGCCUGGAACACUGCCAGUGGCCAGGCAGGAGAACUCCAUCCAGGUCCCCCCUGUGAUAAUUUCCCUUGCAAUCAAGCCAGUCGGAGGCACACUUUAGUCAAAAAACCCUCACAAAAUGGCUACGAGUUUUUUAGGCUGCAGGGCUUCCUUCCUUCCUUCCUUCCUUCCUUCCUUCCUUCCUUCCUUCCUUCCUUCCUUCCUUCCUUCCUUCCUUCCUUCCUUCCUUCCUUCCUUCCUGUGCAUAAGGGUGGAUGCAGCUACCUGGGGACACAAGCGGGUGCACGGCUGAGGAUUUUGCCACCAGAUCCCUGGGGUCCGAAAACCAUGAGUGAGGGGAAACGAGCUGAGUUCAAAGUCCGUUCCUCAGGUCCAAACGUUUUGCUGUUACCUUGAGAGUUUAAAAUUCCAAAUCUGCAGCACAACUGAAGUGGUGUCAGCCAUCUUUUAAAAUGGAUUAAAACUCUGUGUGUGUGUGUGUGUCUGUAUGUUAUACAAAAAUUGGGGUUAGGCUUUUGCUGCCCCAACUCGCCAUGGGAUUCUAUGAGUCCCCUAAGUCCAUUUUCGGUCAGAGAAGAAUGGAUGGAGGCAGGAUCCAGUGGAAAGCAAGGCACAUACUUAUUUUUCUGUUGCAACAGAGUUUCUUCCCCUCCUUUCAAGGAGGGACAGACCCUGAACCAAAGGGUGCAGGAACCUUUUGACAUUGCCCAACCCCCUUAGCCAAAGACCACCCCAAAAUCAUAGGUGGGUCUACAACAGAAAUCCUGUCUGCCAGGAUACCUAAGAUUGCAUUGCCUGGGCAAUCCUUUUGUGAUAGCUAUUACUUGACCUGAAUCCAGUCACAGGCUCGCCCUAUUCAUACACAAAGACGCUCUUAAAACAGGAUUUGUAAGCGGUGGCGGGGGUGGGAAUAGAAAACGAGAAGGCUUUCCCCAUUUGAUUCCCUUAACCACAGAGGAAUAUUUGAGGUCAAAAACGGCUUCAGGAUUGCUGUCAAGACGCAUGGUUUAUAUAUUCAGAUACGUGUGCACUUAUGAAUAUUUAUAUGUGGGGCUUUGGAUUGCUAUAACAAUAUUAAACUGGGUUAAGUUCGAACCGUCGAGGGGGAGUUAGCGAGGUGUGAGGGGUUUUUCACCCUGCCAGCAGAAAGCGAAAGCCGGCGCCGAAAGGCGCGCUUAGAACAGUCGCUUAGAGACCCGACAAUCGGCGAGGGUUGGCGAAGCAGCCGCCUCUCCCGCCUUUCCUGGUGGCAGGGAAGGGAAAGGGGAGGGCCGCCUCUUUGUCUCCCGGGAGGCCCUUCAGUCAUCGCCGCCGCGUGUCUCCCUCUUUCGUUAGGGAAAUCCGGCCGCGCCGGGGACGGCUUAUCCCAGCGCCGGCCCCGGCCAUGGAGCGGAUAACUUUGCAACCGGGGGCCGCCGCGGCCAUAGACGAAUACCUGGAAUACAAGAGAAUUGUAGGCGAAGAUGAUGGAGGGACACUUUUUACUCCUGAAGAAUAUGAAAAGUACAAGAAAAAAAUGUUACCAGUACGGUUACAAAACAGACUGUUUGUGAGCUGGAGAUCACCGACAGGCAUGGACUGCAAACUUGUGGGCCCCGAAACCCCAUGUUUUUGUACUCACAGGUAUAAACAACACAAAACAGACUUUGAAGAGAUCCCAAAGGAACGUCCUAUUUCUUUACCCUGUAGGGUGGGCCAUUGCCCAUGCAAAUCUUAUCACUUCAUUCCUCUCAAUGGGACUCAGCCCAUCCGCUGUAGAUGUAAGCACUUUGCUGAUCAGCACAGUGCGGCACCUGGGUUUCCAUGCAACGCAUGUUCCAAAUGUUCAGGGUUUCACAGUUGCUUUACUUGUGGAUGUGGGCAGCCAGCAUAUGCUCAUGAAACUGUAGUGGAAACAAAAGAGGAACGCUUAGCCCAAGGAAAACCAGUGGGGCAAGAUGUCCCAUAUGCCGCCAUGGGAGGACUAACUGGCUUUAGUUCACUAGCAGAAGGAUACAUGAGACUUGAUGACAGUGGGAUAGGAGCACCUUCCAUCGAGUUCCUAGAAUCUCCUGUAACCAACAUGGAUCAUCCCUUCCUAAGAGCAUUGCAGGGACCUUCUAGUUCCACACAAGGACGUCCCCAGCUAACAGAUGGAGGUGCAAGUACAGCAAUGCAAGUUGCUUUAAGAAGACCCGACGAAGAUGACAUGGCUUAUUUUGAAAGACAGUAUCAGGCACGGUUGAAGCAAGAGAAGGCUGCUGCAAAUCAGAAAGGAAAGCGUCCAGUGACAAAACAUUCAUGAUAACCAAUAAAACAAAAGAAUACAUUUCUUAUUCAUUGUGAUUUAUUAGAGUUUAGAUAAGUUUUCCUUAAUGAAUUCAGUAUGUGAAGAUUUUUCUAUAAGAUAAUAUGUGGUAAUACAUCUAUUUCUUUCUAGGCAUGGAAGCAAAAAUAAUGUCAUCCAACUAGAUAGAAUAUGCCAAGGACAAUUGUUUUCUCACUCACAUGUUAAGCAUCAGCAAAAUAUGUUUGAAUACAGAGAUCAAAUAAUAAAAUUAUAUCCCCGUUUUUU